UUGUGUGGUUGCCUACAUGCCAGCGUGUGUUUGUGUGCAUGUGUGAGUCAGACAGUGUGGGUCUAGCCUUUAAGAGGUGGCUUUCUCCUCCGUUUGACAACAGUCUCUCCUGGGACCAGGCUGGUGACACAGACGCGAUCUCUCUACACCUCAAACUCUAAGCUUCAACCAUGGCUCGUCUCGAUCAGGUCAUUCCAAACAUUGUGGAUAUAUUUAUACAGUAUGCUGAUGAUGGUGAAGGCAAGAAAUGCCAGCUAAACAAAGAAGAGCUCCAGAAAAUGCUGGAGGAGCAAAUUCAAAGCCCCGAGUUGAAGGAUAAAAUUAAUGCCGCUGAUAUUGAGGAAGCCAUGCAGCUGCUGGACAAAAACCAUGACGGUGAGGUCAACUUUCGUGAAUUUUGUCGGUGUAUUUGUGUCCUUGCCAAAUGCUACUACCAGAAGAAGAGAGGCAAGGGUGGCAAGAGAGGCAAGGGGAAAGAUGACAAAGAUGACUGCGACCAAGAAGACUGAAGCAGCUACAAAUAUUAAUAUUUAUUCUGUAGCACUAUGUUUAAAAAUGCCUGGUACGUAUUACACAUGCAGCACGUGCAUAUCUGUAGAUUACUGGGAUUUGGCCAUUUGCACUUCCUCUGUGUUUUAAAUUUCAGAUUUGUUGUCUUCUUCUCUGAAUAAACUUGAUUUCAAAAAUGUUUCCAUUCCAUACUGAAAAUAAAUAAAACCUAUUAAGUCUGGACUGGGUUUACUCAUCUAUUCAUGGCAGUUACUGCAUGUGUAGAGGCUGGGUGUACGGUGUCAUUGCAGGAAAGCAUGGGCUCAUCAGACACAGAUAGUCAGUCCUUCUACAGAGGAAGUCUUACUAACUGAA